UCCGAUUGGCCAGUAUCUUGUUGGUGAGCUGAGAGGUGGAAGCCGGGUACCUGCCCUUCCUCGAACAGCUUGAACCUCCCUGAGCUCAGUUACCGUCAACCUCCGGACCGGACGUCAUUCCUCCUACUCAGCUCGGCUCUCACUGUCAUUUAAAGGCUCUGAAGAUGUCUCAGAAGAUCAAGGCAGGCUCUGUGGUGGAGAUGCAGGGAGAUGAGAUGACCCGAGUCAUCUGGGAGCUCAUUAAGGAGAAACUCAUCCUCCCGUACCUGGAGCUGGACUUGCACAGCUAUGACCUCGGUAUGGAGAACCGAGACGCAACAGAUGACCGGGUGACAGUUGAGGCGGCGGAGGCAGUCCGGCGUUACAAUGUGGGCAUCAAAUGUGCCACCAUCACGCCAGACGAGAAGCGGGUGGAGGAGUUUAAGCUUAAGCAGAUGUGGCGUUCGCCCAACGGCACCAUCCGUAACAUUCUAGGAGGCACGGUGUUCAGGGAGGCCAUCAUCUGCAAGAACAUCCCACGCCUGGUACCGGGUUGGAUCAAGCCCAUCAUUAUUGGCAGGCACGCCCAUGGAGAUCAGUACAAAGCCACAGACUUCGUGGUGCCUGGGCCUGGGAAAGUGGAGAUGACCUACACGCCCACAAAAGGAGAGCCAGUUAAAUUUGUCAUUCAUGAGUUUGAGGGCACAGGUGGUGUUGCCAUGGGGAUGUACAAUACAGAUAAGUCCAUCAGGGACUUUGCCCACAGCUCCUUCCAGAUGGCCCUGACCAAAGCCUGGCCUCUAUACCUCAGCACCAAGAACACCAUCCUGAAGAAGUACGAUGGUCGCUUCAAAGACAUCUUCCAGGAGAUCUACGAGAAGGAAUAUCGUGCUCAGUUUGAGGCCAAAGGUAUCUGGUAUGAGCACCGUCUCAUCGACGACAUGGUGGCCCAGGCCAUGAAAUCUGAGGGAGGCUUCAUCUGGGCCUGCAAGAACUACGAUGGAGAUGUACAGUCUGACUCUGUGGCACAAGGCUACGGCUCCCUGGGUAUGAUGACCAGUGUGCUGAUCUGCCCUGAUGGACGCACAGUUGAGUCUGAGGCCGCCCAUGGCACAGUGACUCGCCACUACAGACAACACCAGCAGGGAAAAGAGACCUCCACCAAUCCCAUCGCCUCCAUCUUUGCAUGGACACGAGGCCUCCUCCACCGGGCAAAGCUGGACAACAACACAGAGCUGCGAGUGUUCUCUGAAGCCCUGGAGGCCGUGUGCAUCGAGACCAUUGAGGCUGGAUUCAUGACCAAGGAUUUGGCUAUUUGCAUCAAAGGCCUGCCAAAUGUGACUCGUGCUGACUACUUGAACACCUUUGAGUUCCUGGACAAGCUGGCAGAGAACCUGAAGAGUAAGCUAGCCAACCAACCCAAACUGUGACCUCACCUCCCGGCCUCAGAAGAUAAACACAGACACACACACAUUAAACACACGCCCAUGCACACAGAGACAUCUAUACAGCUACUGGAAUUAACACUGAAUCAGGGAGGAGUGUUCUCAGAACUCCACAAGAUCUAUGGACUGAAACGAGUCAUUCCCUGCGCAGAGGUGUCUGAUGGAGCGGGGUGCCUUGCCCAGAGAGAAGGUUCUGAUCAGUGUAGGCCAUCUCUGUUAAUGCUUCACUAUAGACAGCCACACUUGUAACAGUCAAAACCGUCUCCAGACCAAAUGACCUGAUGGCUCAGUGACCUUGUUUACUCUAAUUGCACUAGUUACCCUGAAGUGAGUGUGGUGUGCAUGUUGUUGGUAUUUGUUGAUCUGUGCUAGACAGGAGACAGAAUCUGUCUGAGGGGGCCUCCAGACCCUCACUGCCUUAUCCGUUUGUGUCAAAGUCAUCGGUUGAUUCUGGUCAUCCUCUACAUCGUAAUGUUUUAACAGUACCUCAGCAAUGUUCAGUGCCAGUUAAACAUCACCUCUCAGCCUGGUGUCUGUCAAACAGCACAGAACAGAUGGUACACAGACUGGCAUGAUCACAUUUAACAUUCAAACAGGCUUCUGACUCAGAUUUUAUCAAGACUACAAUACACUGCUUUCAGAGUUUGUACUCUUAUUAACUUUAUUAGUCACAGUUGUUUAAGGUGUAUUUAUUUGUCCUUCCUUUGUGUGUGUGUCCCAUAAAAAAACACAUAAAACGUCUUCAUUAAACUGUCCGUCCGUUGGUUUGUAAUCAACAUUAACAUUAAGUUUGAAUACCACAACUCACAAUAAAUGAGUUUUUGAAGAAA